AUGGAGGGUGAUGAUGAGGACUGCCCGGGACUCAUAGAUGCUGACGAGGAGACCGAGGAGGAGGAGGAGGAAGAGGACAUGGACGGCGGGUCGGCAGGCGACCUCAGCGCUAUGCUGACGUGGCGCAGCAUGCGCGCGGCGGGCGGCAGGCUGCGGGCUGCGCUUCCGCGGCGGCGGACGGCUAGGAUGCAGACCGGCAGCGGCAUCGCGGCGUUGGGGGGGAUGGCGGGAGCGGCGGCGCCGGCAGCGACUGGCGCCGCGCCCGCCGCUUCAGCCGCCCCUGCGCUCGACCCGUCAUCGCUGCGGGCGCCGCAGCCGUGCAGUUUCCUACGGCCGGGCGCGCGCUUCGCCGGCGUCCAGCGGCUGUCCAGCCAGUCGCGGGCGGUGUCGCGGCCGCAGGACGACUGGGCUGUAGAUGUCAUUGUGGAGGGUGUCAACCACGACACCGGUGCAGUGUGCGGCACCAUGCAGGCGCUCAACGUGCCGGGGGCCGGCGCCGCGCCUGUGGUGACGUGGUGGGAGGGCCACAUAUUGGACGACCGCCGCCACACGUUCUUCACCGCCGGGUCGGCCGGCUUUGCGGGCGGCGGCAGCGUGCCCGGGCGAGAGACGGACCUCAAGCACUGGGGCCGGUUCGAGGGGUUUGCGCAGCUCAGGCCUGACGUGGUGCGCCAGGGCGGCCGCAGCGGCGCGCUGGAGCGGCACCCCUGGAUCUAUAUGCGCUGGAAGGAGCAGUUCUUCGUGGGCACGGGCCAGGACGUCGGCCUCACCAUAGCAGGCUUCUAUUACCUUGCCCUCUGCCGCCGCACGGGGAAGCUGCGUGGCUUCUACUACGACCCCCACUCCAGCCCCUUCCAGGCGCUGGAGCUGGAGCCAGUGCUCAACGGCGGUCGCGGCAAGAUGCGGCCACAGCAGGCCCAGCAGCAGCAGGAGCAGCACCCACAGCAGCAGGAGCCACAGCAGCAGCAGCAGCAGCAGCAGCAAGGGCAGCAGCAGGCGCAGCUCGCCUCCCAGCCCAUUGGGUCCGGCGGCGGCUACGUUUUCACAAGCUCGUGGCGGCAUGGGUAG